CGUAAUCUCAGUUUGCUUUCACACCACCGUAUCCCUGUGAAGAAGCAUGGCGGUGGAAGAGGAGGCUGGCAGACCCACAUGGAGCAGGCAGAUUGAGUUCACCCUGGCUGGGAUCGGGUGCGCUGUGGGACUGGGGAACAUCUGGAGGUUCCCGUACCUGUGCUACAGGAGCGGUGGAGGAGCGUUCCUGGUGCCGUACCUGCUCAUGCUGGUGGUUCUGGGGAUCCCGCUGCUGCACAUGGAGCUGACGCUGGGCCAGUACCUGAGGAGGGGGCCCGUCCUGGCCCUGACCAAAGCCUGUCCUCUGCUGAAAGGUGUUGGCACGGCAACAGUGGCCAUCUCUUUCAUCAUGUGCACAUACUAUAAUAUAAUUAUCACAUGGGCGCUGUACUACAUGUUCAGCUCAUUUCGAAGCGAGCUGCUCUGGGAAAACUGCAACAACACAUGGAACACGGCCAACUGCACCGACCGUGUGACCAACAGCUCCUCGACCUCCACCGCCAGCCAGCAGUUCUUCAAUUUUAAGGUGCUGGAGAGGACCAGUGGAGUGGAGGAGACGGGCACCUUGAGAUGGGAGCUCUUCCUCCUGCUGAUGCUGGCCUGGAUCCUCGUCUACCUCUGCAUCUUCAAAGGGGUCAAAUCCACUGGGAAGGUUGUGUACUUCACCGCUCUGUUUCCAUACUUGAUUCUUCUGGCUCUGCUGAUCAAUAAUGUGCAGCUUCCGGGAGCCAUAGACGGCAUCCGAUUCUUCAUCAUACCCGAGUGGGACAAGCUCCUUAAUGUGGAGGUAUGGAUUAAUGCAGCAUCUCAAAUCUUUAACUCCAUUGGGAUCGGCUUCGGCUCGCUGAUGGCGAUGGCCAGCUACAACAACUACAACAACAACGUCCUCAAAGACACUCUGGCCAUUUCCAUCACAAAUUCCUUGACUAGUAUUUUCGCUGGAUUUGUCAUUUUUUCUGCAUUUGGCUACAUGUCGCACCUUCAGAAUGUGCCAGUCAGUGAAAUUGCAGUGGACGGUCCAGGUCUGGUGUUCGUGGUUUACCCACAAGCCUUUGUGACGAUGCCCGUUGCUCCUCUGUGGGCCUUUCUCUUCUUUUUCAUGUUACUCUGCCUCGGACUCGACAGUCAGUUUGCCAUGGUGGAGGUGAUGGUGACCAGUCUGCUGGACAGUUACAGUAAACCCAUACUGAAGCACCUCAAAUGCAAGGAGUUUUUUGUGCUCGUAGUCUGCUGUGCGGCGUUCCUUCUGGGCAUCCCUAAUGUCAUGCAGGUGGGGAUCUAUGUGUUCCAGCUGAUGGAUCAUUACACUGCUAUCGUGUCCAUCAUGUUCCUGGCAUUUUUUGAGGUGGUUGGUGUUUGUUGGAUCUAUGGUGUAAACCGUCUGUCCAGUAAUUUAAUAGAGAUGACGGGAAAAAGACCCAACAUUUUCUUCAGGAUCUGCUGGUGGGUCAUUUGUCCUGUUUUGAUAACUGUUAUCCUGGUGUUCUCAGUGAUUCAGUUUAAACCAGCUCGUUAUGAGAAUUACAUCUAUCCACCGUGGGCUCAGGCUGUCGGCUGGCUCAUCGCUUUGGCGUCCAUCAUCUGGAUUCCUCUAGCAGCUGUGCACACGCUCUGGGUUCUGCCCGGAUCCUUUGUUCAGAAAUUAAAAAAGUCCAUCACACCAUUUUCUCUGGAUGAGGACUCCAAGAUCCCGUAUUACCAGCAGAAAGGAGCCAUUAUGGAGGUGAUACCCAACAUCGCCAUCAUCAGCUCUGAUAAACCACCAAUCCAGACUAAUUUAUGAACUGCUAUUGAACCUGACAAUGGAUCACUGGACUACAACCAGACUGAUCAAAUCCAGUGAAUGUGCCUCAGGAUUAUAUACUAGAUCAGUGAAGAUCUGUCUGAAAUAUUGGCCCAAAUGUUAGUUUCAACAAGUAUAUUCAUCUCAACAAUGACAGAAACAACCUAUUUUGGGUUUAAGACUUUAACUCUUUCCCCCACAUUGAUGGAAUUUUCUGGCAAUCCAUGUUUUCACUGUUAUACGGUAGGGGGCACUAUUGCACAUUUUCUGAAAGUUGUUGAUAAAAAAAAAGAAUGCAUGAAGCUAGAAUAAUAUCCUUUUGAUAUAUUGUAUGCUCAGAUAUUACAUACAACAAAAUAUUCUGGAGGCCAUGAAAGUUUUGUGAAAAUGAUGAAAAAUGUUGAUGCUGGCUGGCAACUUUAAAAAAAAAAAAAAAAAAAAAAAAAGCUGAUAGGGAAAGAGUUAAUAUCUACAGUUUGUCUGGCGAGGAAGCGUUAAUAUCUACUACAGUUUAUCUGGUGGGGAAAGAGUUAAUAUCUACAGUUUGUCUGGAGGGGAAAGAGUUAACAUCUACAGUUUGUCUGGAGGGGAAAGAGUUAAUAUCUACAGUUUUUCUGGAGGGGAAAGAGUUAACAUCUACAGUUUGUCUGGUAGGGAAAGAGUUAAUAUCUACAGAGUUAAUAUCUACAGUUUAUCUGACGGGGAAAGAGUUAAUAUCUACAGAGUUAAUAUCUACAGAGUUAAUAUCUACAGUUUAUCUGAUGGGGAAAGAGUUAAUAUCUACAGAGUUAAUAUCUAUAGUUUGUCUGGCAGGGAAAAAGUUAAUAUCUACAGAGUUAAUAUCUACAGUUUGUCUGACGGGGAAAGAGUUAAUAUCUACAGAGUUAAUAUCUACAGUUUGUCUGACGGGGAAAGAGUUAAUAUCUACAGAGUUAAUAUCUACAGUUUAUCUGACGGGGAAAGAGUUAAUAUCUACAGAGUUAAUAUCUAUAGUUUGUCUGGCAGGGAAAGAGUUAAUAUCUACAGAGUUAAUAUCUAUAGUUUGUCUGGUGGGGAAAGAGUUAAUAUCUACAGAGUUAAUAUCUAUAGUUUGUCUGGUGGGGAAAAAGUUAAUAUCUACAGAGUUAAUAUCUACAGAGUUAAUAUCUACAGUUUGUCUGGCGGGGAAAGAGUUAAUAUCUACAGUUUGUCUGGUGGGGAAAGAGUUAAUAUAUACAGAGUUAAUAUCUACAGUUUGUCUGAGCUUCCUGAACUUUCCAAGAUCCCUCUGGAAAAAACAAGGACUUUUAUGAUUUACUGCAUGUGCAUUAAAAAAACAUUGUAAUGAAAUUUCAUGUUGACAUCAAUAAAAUUAAAAAUCUCGAA